CUGCAGGGGGCAACAAUGAGCCCUGAACCAUUUAAACUGCCAGAAACCGUAGACGAAGAAAGGAAAACUGCAGGAGUAGGUGAGAAAUUAACACCGUCCACAAAUAUUUGCUGCACAAUGGGUCGUGGUAAGGAGCUCAGUGACUUUCAGCGGGGCACUGUGGUCGGAUGCCACAUGUGUAAAAAGUCCACCCGUGAGAUUUCCGCGCUGUUGAACCUGCCGCAGUCCACAGUCAGCAACGUAAUUUUGAGGUGGAAACGUGGAGGAAUCACGACGGCUUUGCCACGGUGUGGCCGACCGCACAAGCUCAAGGAGCAGGACCGUCAAGUGCUGGAGAAAAUAGCCCUGGAAAGUUGUUUGCCGUCGGUUGAAGCUCUCACCACCGAGCUUCAGACUGCCUCCGGGGCCAAAGUGAGCUCCAAAACCGUCCGCCGAGAGCUUCAUGAGAUGGGCUUCCGUGGCCGAGUAUCCACGUACAACAAAUCUGUUGCUCCGACUUUGAAAUUAAGCCGUCAGGCUGGUGCCGAUGAAGGUGACGGUUAUGAUGACGUCACCUACUUGAAGAAUUUAGCAUCUGGAGUCAAAGACCAACAGGACAGAUGUGGGGAGGUUGAUGACAAGGAGGAAGAGAAAGAGGAUGUAGAGGAGAAAGCAGCAGCAGCAGAAGAUGAAGAGGAAAAGGCUGCUGAUUCCAUGACCGGUCAUGAACUGGAAGGGAGCGCCUAAGCUAAGUCGGAGACCGGAGGAGUGUGUACAGGCGGAGCGGACAGUCCCAUAGAUCCAGAUGGUCCUCAGUGGAUGUUCACUUGUUACAGGCUGGAUUGAUGCACUGAGAUGCCCAAAACACCAGAAUUAGCUGUAAACUCCUGUUUUGUGGUGUCACAGUUUUCUUUAGGAAUGUGCAUUCUGACUCAGACAGGCAAUAGGAGUGUGACGGAGGAGCAGCUGCUGGCUCCUGAAGUAGGUUUUCUUACGGUGAUUUUGCACUUCAGUUUUCUUUCUUUCUCUUUCUACAUUUAAUCAAUCAACAACAGCAGUAUCAUACAUAGCAGUGUGCCUCCAGCUUUGUGGCAAAAGCACAUCUUUGGGUUGAUUUUGAACGCUGACUGCGAGCUCGGGUUUAGUACCAACAUUUUCUGAAUAGGAGCAAAUCCCUGCUGCCAGUUCCUGUUAUCUUGUUGUCCUGUGAGAUUGGAGGCAGCAUACCACUGACCAUGGUUUUGCUGUCCUGACUCAGUUAUGCAUGGAUGUUUGCAAUGUCAGUUUUGGACCUUUUAAUCCCACAUUUGACGUGGAUGAGAAGUGAACAGAGAAAUCACUAAUCUUUCAAUCCAAUUUCUUGA